AUGCUGGACCGAUUCAAGUACAACGGUACCACUUUCCAAGGCGCUGCUCGAGAGCUUCGAGAAAUGUUUGCUGCCGCCUCCAAAUUCUAUGGUGAAGUGGCAGCGAUACUUGCCAAUAAAGGGACCGACUGGACGUUCAUUCCACCAAACACGCCUCAUUGUGGGGGAUUGUGGGAGGCUGGAGUAAAAUCUAACAAACAUCAUUUAAAAAGGGUGAUAGGAGACCACAAGCUCACAUUUGAGGAAUUAUCCACAGUAUUAGUGGAAAUAGAGGCCUGUUUGAACUCUCGCCCAUUAUAUCCCCUCACUAACGAAGUGGACGACUUGACUGCUCUCACUCCAGCUUAA